AAUAGAGAAGAAAAUAGAGUCAGAACAGAUCAGUCAGAUGUUGACGGAAGAGAUGUGUUUUCAGACGUUUCUGAAAGAUGGCUACAUAAUCUGCAGAUCUUGUAGCAGCGAGCAGAUCAUUCCACAUAGGUGGAACAGAUCCGGAGAAGGGGCAGAACAAAACUUGGAUAACAGUCAAGAACAGAGACAGGUAGCAAUGUGGAUGAAAUAAAAUCCCUCGCUUUGACAGAUUGGAACUAUGGAGAGCGCCCUACAUCUGUAUUGACUGCAGUGGUGGUGAGAUCAAAAUAAUCUUCCCGUUAGUGUUCAUUCCCUUCACCUGCCCAGUGUAAUCUUCCCGUCAGUGUUUGAUAGUGCCUAAUUCUAUCCACCAUGUGCCAAACCCUUCUUGAAUUCAGUCUGUAAAAUGAGCCUCUACGAGGAUGAGAGAGAGGCGGAGGCCAGCUCUGUGUAUGUGAAGAGUAAGCACUCAAUGCCUGAUCCCCCUUCAUUCAGUAAUGGAACGGAGACAUUUGACACAAGGAAAAGGAACGGUAAAGGCAGAGCAGGAUCUUCCGUAUUUAGCUGUGUUUCCAUGAAGAGUAAUGAUUCCAUUUAUCAGCCUCCUAAUCUUCGUAAUGGAGCGGUGACCGUAGACCACAUUGAUGAAACGGAUCAUUCAAAACCUGUUAAAGCACAUCUGACAUGUACAGUCUCACUCGAGACCAACAUCAUACAACAGAGAAUCAAAGAGAAACACAAAACCAACACAAAAAGCAAGUGUGAGAAUGUAUUUGAGGGAAUCGAAGUACAAGAGAACAAAACUCUUUUAAACAAGAUUUACACACAGCUGUACAUCAUGGAGGGAGAGAGUGCAGGAAUGAAUGAAGAACAUGAAGUGUUAAAUAUGGAGAAAACACCUAAAACAAGUCAGUUGCAAGAUACUCCAAUGAACUGUAAUGAUAUCUUUAAUCCCUUACCCAAACCAAGAUGUAACCAGGCGAAAAAAGAUAAUAAAGCAAAAAUCAAGAGUGUUCUUACUCAAGGAAUCGCUGGAAUUGGAAAAACAGUCUCUGUGCAGAAGUUCAUUCUUGACUGGGCUGAAGGAAAAUACAAUCAGGAUGUAGAUUUCAUGUUUGUGCUUCCAUUCCGUCAGAUUAACUUGAUUCGAGAUUGUCAGUACAGUCUUCACAAACUUCUGCUUGACUUUCAUCCUGAACUUCAAGAUCUGGACCCAAAGAUGUAUGAAGAGUGUAAAGUUGUGUUCAUAUUUGAUGGUCUGGAUGAAAGCAGAAUUACACUUAAUUUUUCAGACAGAGAAAAGGUUUCUGACAUGAAAAAGUCUUCAUCAGUAGGGGUGAUAAUAUCAAACCUGAUUAAAGGAGAUCUGCUUCCCUCUGCUCACAUCUGGAUCACCUCCAGAACAGCAGCAGCCAAUCAGAUUCCAUCUAAAUACAUCACACGUGUGACAGAAAUACAGGGAUUCAAUGACGCUCAGAAGGAGGAAUAUUUCAGGAAGAGACUCCGCAAUGAGCAUCAAGCCGACUGCAUCAUCUCACACAUUAAAAGAGUGAAAAGCCUUCACAUCAUGUGUCACAUACCGGUCUUCUGUUGGAUAUCAUCUACUGUGCUUCAGAACAUCCUGAAUCAAGACCACACUGCAGAGAUCCCUAAAACAUUGACUGAAAUGUACAUCCACUUCCUGCUGAUUCAUAUCAAUAUGAAGAAUCGCAAGUAUGAUGAGAGCAAUCCAGAGAAACUCCUGCAAUCCAACAGAGAAGUGAUUGUGAAACUGGCUGAAUUGGCUUUCAAACAGCUGAUGAAGGGUAAUGUAAUGUUCUAUGAGGAGGACUUAAGAGAGUGUAGCUUAGAUAUCACAGAUGCUUCGCUGUAUUCUGGCAUUUGCACUGAGAUCUUCAAGGUAGAAUCUGCGAUUCAUCAUAGGAAAAUCUACUGCUUCAUACAUCUCAGCUUUCAGGAGUUUCUAGCUGCUUUCUAUGUGUUUUAUUCCCAUGUCUCUGAAAACACAGAAUCACUGCAGCUGUUUCUGGGUUAUAGAUACGAGCGGUAUAGGUCUGAUGAAAGAUCUCUCUAUGAGUUACUAAAAGUACCACUUUUGCAAUCCAUGGGUAGUGCAAAUGGACAUCUGGACCUUUUGAUUCGAUUCUUGAUGGGCAUCUCACUAGAGUCAAAUCAGAGACUCUUACAGGAUCUUCUGACGCACACGGAGAACACCUCAGAGAACAUCAAGAAAACCAUGCAGUACAUUAAAGACAAAAUCAAGGAUGGACGUGAUCUCUAUCCCGGCAGAUCCAUCCAUCUGCUUCUUUGUCUGCUUGAAUUAAAGGAUCAGUGUCGUUACAGAGAGAUUCAAGAGGUUCUUCCAUCAGAACAACUUUCUGCUUCCCACUGUUCAGCAAUAGCCAACAUGGUUCAGAUGUCAGAGGAGGUGCUGGAUGAGCUAGACCUCAACAAAUACAACUCGACACAUGAAGGAAAAUGGAGACUGAUACCAGCGGUGAUAAACUGCAGAAAAGCAUUACUUGUAGGUUGUAAUCUGCCUGAGGAGUGCUAUGAAAUUUUGGCUUCAGCUCUACAAUCAUCAAACUCCCCGCUGAGAGAGCUGGACCUGAGUAACAAUGAUUUGCAGGAUUUCGAAGUGAACAGUGGACACCAUAUGCUCGAGAAAUUGAGAUUGGCCAUUUGUAAUCUCAGUAAUAAAUUCUGUGAAGACUUGGCAUCAGUUCUAGAUUCACCAGACUCCUCCUUGAGAGAGCUGGACCUGAGUAACAAUGAUCUCAAGGAUUCAGGAGUGAAGAUGCUCUCUACUGGACUGAAGAGUCCAAACUGUCAACUGGUGAAAUUGAGGUUAUCUGGUUGUAUGGUGACCGUGGAAGGUUGUGUUGCUCUGGCUUCAGCUCUGAGACUAAACCCUUUACAUCUGAGAGAACUGGAUCUAAGAUAUAAUCACCCAGGAGAUUCAGGAAUGAAGCUGCUCUAUGAUCUACUGGAGGAUCCACACUCUAAACUUCAGAUACUGAAUGUGGAUCAUUCUGGAGAAGCCAUGAUUAAAGCAGGACUACACAAGUAUGCCUGUGAUCUCACACUGGAUCCAAACACAGUAAACACUCAUCUAUGUCUGUCUGAGGAGAACAGAAUGGUCACACGUUUGAAAAAGGAGCAGGAGUCAUAUUCUGAUCAUCCAGAGAGAUUUGAUUACUGGCCUCAGGUUGUGUGUAGAGAGAGUCUGUCUGCUCGCUGUUACUGGGAGGCUGAAUGGAGCGGGUGGAAAGGAGCUGUUAUAUCUGUGACACAUAAAGGAAUCAACAGGAAAGGUGGAGGUGAUGACUGUAGGUUUGGAUUUAAUGAAAACUCCUGGAGCAUCGAAUGCACUGAUGACACUUUCACUGUUUGGCACAAUAAAAACAGGACUAUUGUUAAUGCUCCUUCAACCCCAUCUAACAGAAUUGGAGUUUAUCUGGACUGCCCGGCUGGCACUCUCUCCUUCUACAGCAUCUCUGACAAACUCACACAUUUACACACAUUUCACUCCACAUUCACAGAACAACUAUGUGCUGGAUUCAGGAUUUAUACUGAUUCUUCUGUUUUUUUGUGUCAGAAUGAGAUUUUGUGAUACGCUUCAGCAGUUAGCAGGAUGUUCUCUUAAAUAUUUCAUAAACAACAACCAUAUUUUUAUUUAUUACAAACUAAAGUACUUUUAAUGUGUGUUGUAAGAAGUUUACAAUCUUUUCAGAGUCAGAUAUUUGAUUGGGUUUUGGUUUGCCCAGGGGUAAUUCACAUUUAAUAGUGUCUAGCGGAAGUAACUUUAGAAUGCUAGACAAUAUUAAUCAACACUGAACAAUUUCUGAAAAUUUUAUUGCGGCUAGCGAAAAUUCUCCGUGUAAAGAAGUUUGGAAAACCACUUGCCACAGCGACUGGUGACCAAAAAUGUCAGUUUGUGUAUUCACUGCUGAGGGUAAAAAAAUCUACAGGCUAUCGACAAAAACACAAAAGCCUUUGCGACUAAUAUCUACUGUAUUCUUGCUUUAACCAACAGACAAUGUGCUCCUUAAUCUUGUCCAUUUUUGCAAUACUGUAUCGUAUUAAAGGGAUGGUUCACUCAAAAAUUAAGAUUCUGUUAUCAAUUAAAGAGUUAAUUUGCCAUAACAGAUAAAGUAUUUAAAAAAUUCUAAAAUCAUGUUUUCUUUCUGUGUUUUAGUGUGUUAGUUAGCGGUGUUUACUUGUUUCGUUACUAUUACUUAACAAAAACAACCCCUCUGUCGUUUGAAUUAUAUUACUUUAAAUUCACAAUGCACAUUCUUUUAUAGUUAUCUGCUUUUGUAAAUGAGCUCUUCAUUUAUUCACCUCCCUGUCAUUUCAAACCUGUAUGACUUACUUCCCUCUGCAGAACUCAGAUACUUUGAACAAUCUUGGUAACCAAAAAUCAUUGAUACCCAUUGUAUGGACACUAAACCACUACUGAUUGUUUGUUUUUUUUAAACAUUCUUCACAAUAUUUUCUUUUUUUGUUCUGCCAAAGAUCAUACAGGUUUAAAAAUAACCAAAGGUUGAGAAACGAUGACAGAAUUUUUGGGUGAACUCUCAUUUUAAAUGUUAAGAGCCAUUUAAAACAAUAUUUUUAUUACAUUUAAAUGGCUAUAGCAUUACACUCCACAUGAGUAUUGAACUACAAGAAGCAAGACAGUUGCAAGCCUUAAAUUAGAGUUAUAGAGUAUAUAAGAGUUUUUAUGGAACAUUUGGGACAGGCAGCCCAAUUACAAUUUUUGUCAUGGGGCCCAAAAUUCCUGGUAGCGCCACUGCACAUUGUCAGAAACAAAUGUAAAAUACAAUGCAAUGCAGGUCACUUUGGUUCAAAAGCGUCUACCAAAUGCGUAAAUUUAAUUUAAAUAACUAAUAUACAUUAGUAAGACAUCUUCGGAGGUGUAUAAAGAGCGUAAUGAAGUGUUAUGUUUUUCUUAGAAUUACCUAAUCUAAAUACACCGGGUGUCCCCUUACAUGAAAUUCGCCAUGCUGUUUCUACUUUAGCCUAAACAGAUAAACUGCUCAACAGAGCGUGUUUUGUAAAUUUGUUAUCUCCUUCGGCAAAGAGGAAAAAUCCGGAAGACAUCUUAUUUCUUUGUCGGCCUUCAUAGUGCUUCGGAAGGGAGGUGGGACGGGUGGAGUGAGCCAUUUAUAGCCUCGGGAACGUAUUUUGAGCUGGUGAUGAUGUUAUUUAUUUAUUUGCCAGAGCUGAAGUGAUUGUGCCAUAGGCGAGCCUUUUAAGUGAAUGUUAAUAAUUAAUGGAAGCAAAAAUUCGAUGCUGUUAAGAAUAAAAAAUGGGGGCCCCAGGGCUUGAUGUUUUCGGGGCCCUGUUCUUU